AUGACAUCUAACAAUCAUUCAAUUUUAUCUAAACUUUUAACAAAGUCAACAUUUACAACGUCAAGUGUUAACCAAACUUUGUCAUAUCUUGAUGAUAAAGAUAUAUCUGGAAUUGAUGAUUUAUUUAUCGAGUUGAACUAUGAUAAAUACGUAUUUUUUGCCAUUGCAUCGGCUUUAUUUGGAUUACCAGGUAAUAUUUUAUUACUUGUUAUAUUGAUUAAAAUUAGUUUUAAUCGUGGUCGAAAUCGUCUUUCAUCAGGCUCAUUUGAACGUUUUUUAUUUGAAAUUGUUCUAAUUGAUACAUUAUUAAUUAUUUAUCAUUUUGUUGAUAAUUUUUUAAGUUAUAUCGAUGGUGAACGUUCUGCCGGCCAACAUUAUCUCAUUCAUAUAUCCGAUUUUUGUUGUAAAUUUUUCACUUAUAUAGCAAAAAUGAGUGUAUUACUAACAACUUGGUUACUAUUAUUCUUAAUUAUUAAUCGUAUUAUACUAACUGAACAAUCAUGUUGGAACAGAAAAUGUAUUCAUUUUGUUAAUGCAAAAUAUACAACCGUUUUUCUAAUAUUUAUAUUUUCUGUCUACAAUAUUUAUCCGAUCGAAGUGUUAAAAUAUCAAAAAAAAAUAGAUUUACAAGAUUAUCAGCCAGGUGCUGAUGGUGUAUGUUCAACAACUGCUAUGGAAGGCAAAUCAAAACGUAUGUUAAAAGUGACAAAUUAUGGAUAUAAUUUACUUGGUAUCGCAUUUCCAUGUAUUCUCAUUCUAUUUUUGAGUGGAUUUCUCAUUUGUCGUACAGCAUCAAUCAAAAAACAUAGAAUAGAAAAAAAAAUGGGUGUUAAAAGUGAUUCAAAUAACACUGUCAAUGAAAUGCAACCAUCUGAUCAUAUUUCGUCUCAUUAUUGUAUAUUAUCGUGUUAUAUCGCCGCUAUUCUCGGCAUACUUCACGCUCUAUUCAAUUUGCCCGCUCGACUAAGUGAUACUUUAUUGAUGUCAUUAUCACCCUAUUCAAAACAAUAUGUUCAUUUGAUGAAUUUUAGCCAUCAAGCACAAUCAUUCAUUUCAUUAAGUUAUACCUACAAAUGUUUUGUAUGUAUUUUGAUAAGUCAACGUUUUCGAUCACAAGCUAAAAGUGUCAUAUGUUUUCUUAUCGAAAAUAAAUAUGAUCAACAAUCAUUAAUAUUGAAAAAUCAUCCUUUAAACAACAAAUUUAUUUCACAGAGAACCACACAACGACAUCAACAGGAUACACCAAUCAUUGAUUGUCCUAUAGUCAAACCGGAACAAGUAACUAUUAGAUUUUCAAAAACGAGUAUUUGUUGUGAAGAUGAUCGAGAAAGAGUACCUCACAAACAAGUUAUCGUACAAUCGAAUCAAUUUAAUUCCAAAGUAAAUAGAGAUAUUAGUCAUACAAAUGAUGAAAAAUUUUUUAUUAUUGAAAAUUAUUCAUGGAAUUCAAGUUGGCUUCGAGCAUUUACAAAAACAUUAUCAGCACAAUAUAAAGAUAAACAGAAAAAUAAACAUCGUACAGCAUUAACACGUUCAAAUAGCUGUCAACCAUUUAUCUAUACCAGACCAAAUGUUCAAAUGUCGCCAGUCGACAAUGAAAAUGUUAGUCUUAUCAGCUCGAUAAACGAUGAUAUUGAAGUAUCGACGAGUAUGGGCAAUCCUACAUUACCAAAUAAACAAUGUAUGUUGAAUAAACAAACAACGAAUUCAACUUGUAUCCAAUCACAAACAAGCACGGAUUUAUCGUAUUUUUCUCUACCAUAUGGUAGUAAAACACAAGCAAAUUUACCUAUGCCAAACAAUCGAGCUCCAUAUCGAAAUAAUUCAACAAAAAACACAAGACUUCGACAAACACCAAAGACAAAUGAUGACAUUCUAACCAAUCCUCAUAGCAUACAAAAUUUUCUGUCUUUUUCAUAUGCACUGUGUAAUAAUAAUUAUUAA